AUGCUCACUCGGGUCAAGUCCGCCGUGGCCAAUUUCAUGGGCGGCAUCAUGGCUGGCAGCUCGGGCUCGGAGCACGGCGGCGGCUCGGACUUGCCCCUGCGCUUCCCCUACGGGAGACCCGAGUUCCUGGGGCUGUCUGCGGACGAGGUCGAGUGCUCCGCCGACCACAUCGCCCGGCCCAUCCUCAUCCUCAACAAGGAGACCAAGCGCCUGCCCUGGACCACGGGAUACGCCGAGGUAAUAAAUGCAGGGAAGAGCACACACAAUGAAGACCAAGCAAGUUGUGAAGUGCUUUUUGUAAAGAAGAAAACUGGAGGCACCAAUUCCACACCAAACAAAAACACAUCCACCAAACGAAGGUCCUCACUGCCAAAUGGAGAAGGACUACAACUGAAAGAAAACUCAGAAAAUGAUGGCAUCAAUUUGUACUACUGGUCACUGUUUGACGGACAUGCUGGAUCUGGGGCAGCUGUUGUAGCAUCCAAACUGCUUCAUCACCAUAUUGUGGAGCAGCUGCAGGAGAUUGUGGAGAUCCUGAAGAACUCUGCAGUCCUUCCCCCAACCUGCCUGGGAGAGGAGCCAGAAAGCAUGGUCGCUAACAGCAGAACUCUAACCAGGGCAGCCUCCCUGCGUGGGGGGGUUGGGGCUCCGGGCUCACCCAACACCCCUCCAACACGCUUCUUUACAGAGAAGAAGAUCCAGCAUGAGAGCCUUGUUACUGGAGCUAUUGAAAGCGCAUUCAAAGAAAUGGAUUUACAAAUAGAGCGAGAGAGGAGUGUUUACAAUAUAUCUGGUGGCUGCACAGCCCUUGUUGUUGUGUAUAUGCUGGGGAAGCUCUACGUGGCAAAUGCUGGUGACAGUAGGGCCAUAAUAAUCAGGAACAAAGAAAUUAUUCCAAUGUCUUCAGAAUUCACUCCUGAGACUGAGCGUCAGCGACUACAAUAUCUGGCUUUCAUGCAGCCCCACCUACUGGGUAACGAGUUCACACAUUUAGAGUUUCCAAGGAGGGUGCAGCGUAAGGAAGUUGGGAAGAGGAUGCUCUACAGGGACUUUAACAUGACUGGCUGGGCAUACAAAAGCAUUGAGGAGGAUGACUUGAAGUUUCCCCUUAUAUAUGGAGAAGGCAAGAAGGCUCGUGUCAUGGCAACUAUUGGAGUAACUAGAGGACUUGGAGACCAUGACCUGAAGGUGCAUGACUCCAAUAUCUACAUCAAACCUUUUCUGUCCUCAUCUCCCGAGGUGAGAGUCUACAAUCUUCUGCAGUAUGAGCACGGACCAGAGGAUGUGCUGAUCUUAGCUACCGAUGGACUCUGGGAUGUAUUAUUAAAUGAAGAAGUGGCAGAAGCUGUCACAAACUUCCUACCAAACUGUGACCCUGAUGAUCCCCACAGAUACACGUUAGCAGCUCAGGACCUGGUGAUGCGAGCCAGGGGAGUGCUGAAGGACAGGGGCUGGAGAAUAUCCAAUGACAGACUGGGCUCAGGAGAUGACAUUUCUGUCUAUGUCAUUCCUUUAAUACAUGGAAACAACUUGUCAUGAAAGUAGCACCGACAAUGAUAAUGGGAGGGUGGUCUUUUUAGGAAGAGCCUUUGAAAAGACAUGAUGUUCAGAUCUGACCAGGACAGUUCUGAUUGAUGUAAUUUAAUCUAAACUCAUGCUGGAAGGUGAGGUUUCUGCCCAAAAGGUAGGGCUCUGCACAUAUACUGUACACGAUUAAAGGUAUCUCUUAAGGUUACAGCUUCCCUAUAUUAAUGGUUUUUGGUGCUUAACAGGAAUGGAACUUAAAUGCUGCUAAUAUAUUAUGGAUUGAUGGUUCCCUGUAUUGUCCCUCCAUGUGAGGACCCCAUUGUGACCUGAAACAGGACUUGGCUGUUUCAAGCCACAUGGUAAACUGAAAAAGAUUAUUUUCAGUUUUGAAAAUAGAAACAGGGAUUGAAAGCCAGUGAGGCUCUCAGCAGCCCCAAGAUGACUGAAGUUAUGGACUUGGGAUGGGUCAUUUAAAAAACAAAAAAACAAAAAACAAAAAAAGUUAAAACUUGAGCUGACACUUGAUGUUAUUGGUCAUUAUGAGUAAUUGUCAUUCUUUUUCCAUGAAGAACUUCCAAAAAUUGCACAUAUAUGAUUGAGUUCUCAUUUUUCCCACUUAAACCCCCUUCAGAACACUCUGGAGACUUUACAGCUCCUUAUUUCACAUGUUUUGGUGGCAAAACCAAGACUGUCCUUGUGACUUGGUCUAACCCACCACAGCCAAGCCAGCUGCAAAAAUUGCCUUGGCGAGUAGGGCACAUUGUGUUGGUACAAGAAUAAAUCUUGCAACAGGAAUUGUUUGUCAAGAUUUCCUUUGAUGUGUAACCAUGACGUACCAGAUCUUUACUUGAUGCAGAGUUCCUCUGGAAGCCAAGGUUCCUUUGGGUAGGGCUACCCUGCAGCUCAGGUAGACUGACUCGUGCUAGCGGGGCUCGAGCUAGUGCGCUAAAACUAGCAGCAUAGACAUUUCAGCUCAGGCUGGAGCUUGGGCUCUCAAGUCUAAGAGGUCUGUGGGCUUGAGCGGCUGAGCUCCAGCCUGAGCCACAAUGUCCACAUUCCUAUUUUUAGCCCUCUAGCUUGAGUCCGUCUGCCCAGGCUGGGAGGCUUGCUCCUAGCUGGAGGGUAGACGUACCUUUUGGAACCUAGGAUUUUCAUUCUUUGGCUGGUUCUGUGUACUUUAUCAUGCAUCCUGUUGAAAAGAUCACUGGAUAUACAGCUUAGCGAUCAGUGUUCAGUAAAUGUAUUUUGUCUUCUGAGUUUGGGUGUCUAUGGUAAAUGUUAUUGUUCUCGUUAUUAACCCAGAAACACAGAUAGCAACCUUAUUGAAAACCCUUUCACUUCUCUCUCCCUUAUUAUUCACCAUAAAAGCCCUCUGCCUGCCCCAUCAUCAGAAGGUGGCAACUCACUCAUAACUGUGCACCUUCUGAUACCAGGGGUAGAGGAUUAACAUGUUAGUGGAAGUCCUUGGCUUGCCUGGUCUCCUCUGCCAGUUGUACUCACUUUGAUGUUAAGAAAAAUCUCUCUAAAUAAGAUACCAGCGUAGAAGCAACAGUGCAAC